GCCAGCUCCAGGCUGCCUCCAGCCCAGCCCUAAUCGGCCUGAUCUCCAGCGGCCACGCUGGGGCCGCGGCAGCUCCAGACCAGGCCCUGGCUGUGCUGAGUGGUAAGGGCAUUCUUCCAAGGUAAUGAUUAAGCCGAGCACCUGGCAAGCUGGGAAGGCAACCUGGAGCCUCUCGGGCCAGAGCUUCCACUGCCCGCCCUGCUGGGACCCUGCCUCGCCCGGGCACCAUGAAGCAGCAGGUGUUCUGGACGGGGCUGGAAUACACCUGCCGGCUCCUGGGCAUCACCACCGCUGCAGUGCUGAUCGGCGUGGGCACUGAGACCUUCCUCCAGGGACAGUUCAAGAGCCUGGCUUUCUACCUGCUCUUUACAGGAGCCGCUGUCUCCGUGAGCGAAGGGGCCUACUUUGUGGCCCAGCUGCUGUCCGUCUGCUUCCAGUGUCAACCAGGGUCCCUGGCCUACAGAGCAAGAGAGAAGGCCCGCUGGCUGGGCUGCUUCCAGAGGUUCCUGGCCUACAUGCUGCUCUCGGUGGCCUGCUUCCUCCACCCUGUCCUGGUCUGGCAUGUGACCAUCCCAGGCUCUAUGCUCAUCAUCACCGGUCUGGCCUACUUCCUGCUGAGCAAGCGGAAAAAGAGCAAACCUGCAGCAGAGGUGCUGGCCCCCCCUGAGCAGUACACAGACCCCUCCAGCAGCGUGGUGAGCACCACCGGCUCUGGGGACACCGAGCAGACCUACACCUUCCACGGAGCCCUCAAGGAGGGACCUGGCUCCCUCUUCAUCCACAUGAAGAGCAUCCUGAAGGGGACAAGGAAGCCCAGUGCCCUCCAGCGCCCGGACACACCGACGGAGCUGCCUCUGGAGCCAGCUGGCUCGCUAGCCAAGAAGCAGGUGCAGUUUGAGGACAGCGUGGUGAGAAUCAGCCCCGCCCUGGCAGAAGGCCUGGACGAUGGGGACAGCGAGCCGGAGGAGACCACCUCUGACACCACCCCCAUCAUCCCGCCCCCCGAGACCCCACUCUUCCUUUCUGCCCUCACGAGCCCCGACCUCUUCUGAGCUGCUCUUUCCAGGCUGGGGGAUGCUCAGCAAGGAGUCUGCAUAGAUAGAUGGUCCUGCCAGGAAUUUCCUGGUGUCCAGGGCCCCUCGGGGGAGCUCAGAGUCUUCACGGGUCAGCUCUUCAGGGGUUACCAGACAUCCUCAUGGUGGCUGGGCCUCUGGGGCCACUGGGCAGCAGGACAGGUCCUGUGGAGACUGUGGGGGCAGCACAGAUGAUGCGCACGCUGCCUCCAGCCCUCACGGGUUCCUCCCUCCUGGACCCAGGCCGGAGAAGUCCGGGUGCUUCCCUGAAGGACAGCAUCGCUCCCACCUCACACAAGGCAUCAGCCCAGACGUCCUGGGGCUUCUUUGGCUCCUGACACCGGAUCCUACACUCUACACCGGCAUGGCCCAGCUCCUCUCUGAUGGCACACCUCAGCUCUGCAGGCCCAGCAGUGCUCUGGCAGCUCAUGCAUCUCAAAGGCAGGUGCUGACGACUGCCGUGGUCCCGAACUCCAACUGAGAGCGUUCAGGAUGGGAAGCGGGGAAGGAAGGCAAGCUGGCAAAGCCCCAGGGUGGGAGCAGCGCCGAGCAGUAGGCCGCAUUCUCUGCGUGCCCCAGUGCUGGUACCCGGCAGCGGAAGCCACAGAGCCACUCAGGGAGACAAGGCAGCUCUGUGCUCACCGCAGGGAGAGCUGGGCUGGGAGGACCAUGCUCAUUCCAGAAGCAUCGCUGAGGGCUCCCCGUAUCCCCACCACAUGGGUUCUCAAGAUUCCAAGCA